AUGGCUACCCCCACCGUUAAGUUGAGCAGUGGCUUUGAAAUGCCCCUUGUGGGCUUCGGUCUGUGGAAGGUGAACAACGACACCUGCGCUGAUCAGGUCUACAAUGCCAUUAAGGCCGGAUACCGUCUCUUUGACGGCGCCUGCGAUUAUGGCAACGAAGUCGAAUGUGGUCAGGGUGUUACCCGCGCCAUUAAGGACGGUCUCGUCAAGCGCGAGGACCUCUUCAUCGUCUCCAAGCUCUGGAACAGCUUCCACGACGGCGAGCAGGUCGAGCCCAUCUGCCGCAAGCAGCUCGCCGACUGGAACGUCGACUACUUCGACCUGUACAUCGUGCACUUCCCCAUCGCCCUGAAAUACCUUGACCCCUCCGUCCGCUACCCACCCAGCUGGACCACCGCCGACGGCAAGGUCGAGCUCAGCACCGCCUCCAUCCAAGAGACCUGGACCGCCAUGGAGUCCCUGUCUGACAAGAAGCUCGCCCGCAGCAUCGGCGUGAGCAACUUCAGCGCCCAGCUGCUUAUGGACCUCCUGCGCUACGCCCGCGUUCGUCCUGCUACCCUCCAGAUCGAGCACCACCCUUACCUCACCCAGACUCGCUUGGUCGAUUAUGCCCAGAAGCAGGGUCUCGCCGUUACUGGUUACUCUUCCUUUGGACCUUUGAGCUUCUUGGAGUUGAACCUUAAGGAUGCUCACGGUACCACCCCUCUGUUUGAGCAUGAUGUUAUUAAGACCAUUGCCGAUAAGCAUGCGCGUACCCCUGCCCAGGUCCUGCUGCGCUGGGCUACCCAGAGAAACAUUGCUGUUAUCCCCAAGAGUAACAGUCCCACUCGCUUGGCACAGAACUUGUCUUUCAAUGACUUUGAGUUGGAGGCCAGUGAGAUCGAGGCCAUUAGUGCUUUGGACAAGGGUCUGCGCUUCAAUGACCCCGUUGCUUACGGCCUUGAUAUCCCCAUCUUCUAA